CACCGUCCGGUUCACAGCAAACUGAACUCAGCUCUAUGACAUUACCACAGGUGGCCCAUUUCAGUGCGAAGUUCGCAUCGCAAAUCACUUUCCACACGGUAGGAAAGAUGAUGGUGGCAAUAAACUACUCUGGAGCUGCGCUGCAUGAAUUAUGAGUUUGGAACUUGGAACUAGUUUGCAAGAGAGGCAACCUUGAUGCAGAGAUUUUUGAAUCGAUAUCAAUUCUUCGAGUUUCGUCAAGUUUGCGCAACGGCGAUAGAAUCGUUGCAAAUUCUGAAGAAUGCAACAGGUUCUGAUAAGAAUGAGAUGUACGUGAGAUUCCACUGGGGCGCAGUAGGGUCUCAAUGUCGGACGUCUUAUCACGCAGCAUCAAACCUAUAAAACGUUUGACGACAUAAUUUGCAUCGCAGUAUCUAUUGUGCCAUGCUGUCGGAAGCAUAGAAUCAGUCUAUGAUUCGUAACAAUGAAGGUAAGGUAGCUUCGAGGAUCAUAACUAAAGUAUCAAGCGUAACAUCGUUUCUCGUUCCUUAAUUCUACAGAUAGCACCCGUCGUGCUGUUGUCGCUCGUCCUGAUGGGAAUGGUUUUGGCGGAUCCGUUGUUCCUGUUCGAUGACAUGUUUCGGCAGCAGCGGGCCCUAAUGAGGAUUUGGGCCAGAUCCCAGCAGCAUACGGCAGAAGCUUUAAUGGGAGGAGUCAGUGGAGGUGGAGGCGACAAAGGAGGACAUCAUUCGAGCGACUCGGAACACCAUGGCAAAUUCCAUCACGGAAGGCACCACGGCAAAAAGCAUCACAAGAAGAGCAAAAAAGGUCGUCGUCACCACAAGUUUAUGCGGCUGCACAAUGUUCUGGCGCGACUGCAUCGGCGAGGACAAACCCGGCGGAUGCAGCGACUGAGGGAUUGGGGCAAGUGGUUCGGUUAA